GCAUCAUCUUUGUCAAUUAAUUAUCUUAAUCAAGAAAAGCCAGGUUCAUUCAAGGCCAAGUCAGAAACUGCUUCAGAAUUAAUUUCUAAUGAUGACUCAAUUUCGGAUAUAAGUUCUACUUCUUCCGAA